UCUGAAGUGGAACUCUGCGGGCUGCAGGCCUUCAUUUGAGCGGUGCGGACGGGAGGGAGCUCCGAAAAAAAAAAGAAGCAGCUCGGGGAUAAUGAGCAGCAAACGCCGCGAGGGUCAGCGGCUGCUGUCAGCGGAACGCGCCCAGCAGAGCGGCAAACGGAGCCGGCCGGGCGCUUCGUCCUCCCCGCGGCUCAGGGACCUGUCCGGUGCUGAAAGCGGCGGCCGCGCCAGCAACUCGCUUCCUACUUGGAUGCGCCUGUAUUUCUACGGGAUGCACGGGAUCACGCUGGACGUCCUGCUGUCCUCGGUGCGGCGCUUCGCGCGGACCAGCGACCCGAAGAUGCUGGGCUACUCGUCGCCCUACCUCGCUGUGCUCCACUCGCUCUCCCACCUGGCCCUGGAGAAACUCUACCUGCAGGGGAGGAAUUUCCAAGGCCGGCCCGUGGUCUUCCACCUGCUGCUCUACCCCUCGGUCUACGUGGGCUUGCAGAGCCUGUUGUCCACGCUGGCGGAGGGCUCGGGUUCCUCGCUGCUCACCCUCCUGCUACACUACCUCCUCGCCCUCUACGACUCGCAGCUCUUCCUCAAGGGCUUCCUCCGCUUACAGUGUUGCUGCCGCCGAGCUCGGCUGCCCGAACGCUUGCCCUCGCCCCGGGGUCUCCCCGGCUCCCUGCGCUUCGUCUUUUACGGGAUGCACGGAUUUUUGGACGAGAUCUUCUUCACAUCCAUGUUCAACCUGGUGGAGAACUCGGACCGCAGGCUACUGGGUCACACGUCGCUCUGGUCCUUCCUCAUGUACGGCAGCUGCAGCUUCGUGGUGGAGAAGCUCUACUUCUAUCUGUACUACCGCCUCGGCUGGACCACUUGGCAGAGGUUGCCCGUGUACAUCCUCUUCAUCUACACCUGGGAAUUCACCUGGGGACUGGGGCUCCGCCACUACGACGCCUGCUCCUGGGAUUACUCUCACUAUCCGCUCAACUUCAUGGGCCUCAUCACCCUAAUGUACCUGCCUGGUUGGAUCGUGCUCAGUUACUAUCAGGACGUGUUGUCUAACGUGUUACUACGUGUGCAGUGUGCCAAGAGCAAAAGCUCCAAGACAGUCUGCAGCAAUGGCAAAAGCAAAGAACCCUGACUGGAGCAAGAAGUUUAUUUUUUAGUACAUCUGAAAUUAACGGGAGUUUUGAUAACGAUUGGGAUAUAUUUUAAUAAACGGCGGAGAGCUACGAUUAAAUAUUUAGCUUUGCAUAAGAUUGGUAAAUAUUAACGAUCAUCAAAAGGAUUGCAAGUCGGCUUCCAGUGGGCGCAUAUUGCCUUUCAUUGCUAGCAACUCUCCAAUUGUAGUUGUCUGUCCAUACUCUACUCUCACGGCCCACGGUGUUCAAGAUGUGCGUGUUGUGGCUAUAAUUCUCGAAUCUGCUG